AUGGCUACAUUCUCUUCUGCCUUUCACCCCUCUCCUGAUGUUGCUGCUCUGAGGAAGCAGUAUGUUGGCAAGACUCUGGCUGAUAUCCCCACACCAGCUUUCAUUGUCAACCGCAAAGUCAUGAAGAAGAAUUGUGAUACAAUGUUGCAACGAGCUGCCAAUAUGAAGGCUGCUUUUCGUGCACACGUUAAGACCCACAAGUGUGAUGAAGGAGUAAUUCUACAAUUGGGUCCUGAUGGACAGUGCGAUAGAGUGGUCGUAUCAACUCUUAUGGAGGCCUGGAAAAUGAUCCCGUUCUACAAGAGUGGUCAAAUUAAAGAUGUCUUAUAUGGUCUCCCAGUAGUGAAAUCUCGUCUUGAUGAGCUUUCUGCUUUAAGAAAAGAGGUUGCUGAACUUCGUCUCAUGAUUGACCACCCCAGUCAAGUUGAUGUCCUAAAUUCAUACAAUGAGAAGACCGGUGAAAAGCCCUGGUCUAUUUUCAUUAAAGUGAACAUGGGUACUAAUAGAGCUGGUGUUAUCAGUGAGUCUGAAGAACUAAAGAAACUGAUCCAAAAGGCUUUAGAUAGUACCAAAGCUGUAUCAUUAUACGGUUUCUACUGCCAUGCAGGACAUUCAUAUGCAUCAUCCAGUCAAGACGAGGCCAAGAAAUAUCUAUAUCAAGAAAUUGAGGCUGCUGAUAAGGCUGCUGUUAUUGCCAAGUCUCUCAAGCCAGAUUUAGAUCUGGUGAUUUCAGUAGGAUCCACGCCUACAAGUCAUUCCUCCGAGGCUGUUGAGCUGGACAAGCUUGCCAACCUGUCUGCUCAUCUUGAGCUCCAUGCUGGCAACUAUCCAUUCUGCGAUUUACAACAAAUUGCCACGAACUGCAUUACAAAGGACAAUGUUGCUUGCACUGUUCUUGCUGAGGUCGCUUCCUGCUAUGCUGGUAGAGGCACCUUAGCUCCAGGAGAGACGCUUGUCAAUGCAGGCGUUAUCGCUCUCGCUAGAGAACCUGGUCCAAUUCCCGGUCUUGGACAAGUCGUUACUCCUGGUCAUGAAGGAUGGUUUGUUGGCCGUGUGAGCCAGGAGCACGGAAUUCUCGUUCCCGGAGAAAAAGCUGCUACUCCAGAAUUCCCGGAACUCGGUGACAGACUCCAAAUCAUCCCUCAGCAUUCUUGUAUCACUGCCAAUGCCUAUCAUUGGUACUAUAUCACUGAUGACGACGACAAGGUUGUUGACAUCUGGGGCACCUGGAGAGGAUGGUAG